AUGUCCUUCCGUAAAAUAGACAUCGACGCCUUAGACGAGGAGCAGUUAUCAAGGGAGGAAUUGUUUAUAUUCUCAAAUGGGGUCGCGAAUGGUCCGACUUUGGAAAGUGUCAAAAGUGGUGCAAUAGACGUAAGGAAUGCCCUGACUAGAGGUGAUACGGCGACAGCAUUAUCAAUUGCUUUAGACAAUCCACCAUAUGGGCUUGACAAUGACGAGGCGAAGACACAAAAUACAAGAAGCGUCCUCGAUGUCUUAUCGUCAGUCAAAGCUAGUGACAUUCCCGGACAUGUGAAAAGCCUUUCGAGUGACCAACAGUUAGUGUUGAUGAAGUAUAUUUAUAAAGGUAUGGCAGCACCAGAGACUGGACAGUCGGCAGUUCUGUUGAAUUGGCACGAGAAGCUUACAGAAGUGGCAGGCGUUGGAUGUAUUGUACGCGUGAUUACAGAUAGAAAAACUGUCUAG